GAGUUGAUCAAAAAUACACAAGUGAUUAACAACAAAAAUAUUUGCACUGUUCCGCACCGGAUGGGAGAUUAAUUUUACACAGAUUAAUUUUACUUGCAAUUUUUAUUGGACGCUUGAGCCAGGCUGCUGCGCGCCCUAACUCUUCAACAACAACAACAACAUACUUGCAAUUUCAAUUUAUGAUUGAACCAAGGCCCUAUAUACCGAUUGAACGCUGUUAACUUAUAUGGCCUUGCGCUGUUGCUGGGAUGGAUUGCUAUUGGCUUGGUGGCCUUAUUAUUAUUGAAGUGUAAAUGCCUUUUGAUCGAAAAUACCAACUACUGGUAUGCUUCAGCUUCCCUCUACAAUGGCAUUGUCAACAAAGGAUAUAUCUACUCUCCUCAGCCUUCUCUCUGAGGAGAGCACAGAACAGCAACCCAUAGAAACUCUAGCUGCACAAUGCUGUUCAACAUUCAACAAGCAGGACCACUUCAAAGUGGGCAAUGCUCUGGUGUUCCUGAUUCUGCAGCCGGACAUGCUGCCUCAUCCACACCAGAGGGUGGUGGCCACGGCCAUUCUGUAUUUCCUCUACAAAAACGAGCCCAUCAAAAGGAACCCAUUCGCCAAUGUGUUCCUCCACAUCAUGCAACACUCCGAGAUGUCCAAGGCGCCCGGGAAGCCCACGGAUCCGGCUCUGCAUUUCACCAAGUUCACGCCGGGAGAGAAAUACUUUGUCCGGCAGCUCAUCAUCAACCCGAACAAGGAGCUGUUUAAGAAGCCGGCCAGUCUGCUGUUGCACUCGGAGCUACCACCGCCGGCCGCUGCCUCUGAGACUAGUCUGGCGGAGCUGGAGACGGCCGUACAGGAGCGGCUCAAAGAUGUGCCCCCGGCGGCCCGGUCCGGGGUCAGCGUGGUGGUGCCCGACCCCGACCUGCGACCCGACGCCUCCGGGGCGUACUCUGAACAGAACGUCACCCGCCGCACGGUGGAGGGUGUCCUCAGCAGUCCGGCGCCAUACGCCCAUCAGCGACUGGCCCCCGAGUUUCUGCGCCUGGCGCCGCCACUGCACAACUGUAUCGAUGAGAUGGUGUACAUGGUCCCUACGGAGCCGCACGAGCACCAGGUGGCCUACGACCCCAGUCUGCUGACGGCGCCCGCUGGCGUCGGAGAGGCUCGCCAACUGAUGGCGCUGGCCGUCAACGGGCCACUGACGCUGCAGCAGCAGAACCAGCUGAUCAGCCAGCUGAAACGCGACCUCAAGACCGUGUACCAAGUGGGCGUCACACCCGCCAAGUUGCCGGACCUGGUGGAGCACAACCCCAUCAUCGCCAUCGAGGUGCUGCUGCAGCUGAUGGACUCGCCGCAGAUCACAGACUUCUUCAACGUCCUCGUCAACAUGGAGAUGUCGCUCCACAGCAUGGAGGUCGUCAACAGGCUGACGACGGCGGUGGAGCUGCCGGCCGAGUUCGUCCACCUCUACAUCACCAACUGCAUCGCCACCUGCGGCGCCAUCAAAGACAGAUACAUGCAGAACCGGCUGGUGAGACUUGUCUGCGUCUUCCUCCAGUCACUCAUCAGAAACAAAAUCAUCAACGUGCAGACGAUCCUGAUCGAGGUUCAGGCGUUCUGCAUCGACUUCAUCAGGAUCCGCGAGGCCGCCGCCCUGUUCCGGCUCCUCAAACAGCUGGACUCCAACGAGCACGUCAGUCAGCUGCCGCCAGGUCAGCGCACCUAACGCCCCUAGCGGCGGUCACCGCUACCACUACUUGCGCGCUGCACCUAGCGGCGGCGCUAGUGAUCUCGCCGGGCCAAUCACCGACUGGGGUGUUAAAAAAAGUUCGCGGGGGACGUAUGUGGUGAAUUUACACACGUCAUAGCUGAAUUCCAGCUACUGUCCGCCGCCACCUUUGACAUUUAGCCUAGCAUGGCUAGCUUCCUACCACAGAGGUUGACCUUUGACCCAUGUCGGUGCGGUAACAUGAGUCAUAGUGCAGAGAACCUGAGUGAACUCAUCCGGAUACGGUUUGGUGGCGGCUGAUGACACCAGGCUGGUGAACUCGAUGCACCUCUGGGACCGGGUGAAUGAACUAGUAUGGUUCUCAGGGUCAGUUAACCUGCAGUACUUGUGGGACGCAUACUUCCCUGCAGUGAAUACACCUCUGAGUUUCCUCCAUUUCACAAAUUGUAUCCAAGAUUGGUCCAAGAGUGCUGGGUUGCGCUCGCUUUGCUUUGAGACACUAGCUUGGUAAAGCUACCUCGAUGUCCAGUCGACAGUUGUGUGAUGGCGACUCCGACACCUCCCAACCGAAGCCAGUCUGUCUUUCUGUAUAAAAGCAGCUGUGAGCGAGAUGUGUGGUACAGGUGUUUAUGUUAUGUACUCCAACAGCCAUGAGGACAGACGUUUGUUCCGGUGUUUGUGAGACGUGUACUCAAACAGCCUUGAGGAGUGUUGUUUGGUACCGGUGUUUGUCGAAAGCGUACUGAGUGUUGGAUGUACCGGCAUGUAUUCACACCAGUGACAGUGUACCAGCGAAUUGGGGCUUAUAUUUGUGUACAGUGUACAAUGUAUUGCAUGGCAGUGGUCGAGAAUGACCCGCAUGUGUACCUGGGACUUAAUGAUGUCCGAGUGAAAACGAUGGACGAGGACACUUGAUGUGUUUGCGUCGUAAGAGGUGUCAGCCGAUGUCCGUAGAAUAUAACGUUUUCCAUA